AUGCCACCCAGUAAUCCUCUGCCACCUAAAGAAAAUGCUUUAUUUAAAAGAAUUCUCCGUUGCUACGAGCAUAAACAAUAUAAAAAUGGCCUGAAGUUUGCUAAACAGAUAUUAUCUAAUCCAAAAUUUGCUGAGCAUGGAGAGACAUUGGCCAUGAAGGGUUUGACAUUAAACUGCCUGGGUCGGAAAGAAGAAGCAUAUGAAUAUGUGCGGAGAGGUCUUCGUAAUGAUUUAAAGUCACCUGUCUGUUGGCAUGUGUAUGGGUUACUUCAGCGUUCUGAUAAGAAGUAUGAUGAGGCAAUUAAGUGUUACCGCAAUGCUCUUAAAUGGGAGAAGGAAAAUAUUCAGAUACUCCGUGAUCUCUCUCUGUUACAAAUACAAAUGAGAGAUUUAGAGGGGUACAAAGAUACUCGCUACCAAUUGUUUAUGCUAAGACCGACUCAACGAGCUUCUUGGAUAGGUUUUGCUAUGAGCUAUCAUUUACUGGGUGACUAUGAAAUGGCAAAUAGCAUACUCGAUGCAUUUAGAACCAACCAAAUGAAGGGUCCGUAUGAUUAUGAGCAUUCAGAGCUUUUGCUCUAUCAGAAUAUGGUGUUGGCAGAGUCUGGGCAGUAUGAUAGGGCUCUCGCUCAUUUAUUGAAGUUCCAAACACAAAUAUUGGAUAAAUUGUCAGUGAAGGAGACAUGUGGUGAAUAUUACUUGAAAUUGGAGAGGUUUAAAGAUGCAGAGUCUGUUUAUGAAGGGUUAUUAAAGAGAAAUCCAGAGAAUGUGAUGUACUACCAGAAGCUAAUAGAAGCUAGAAGACUGAAUACUCCCGAUCAGAAAGUAGACUUCUAUAAUUUAUAUAAGGCAGAGUUUCCAAAGUCGAUUGCACCAAGGCGCUUACAAUUGACUGAAGCUGAGUGUCCUGGUGUGUUUACAACAUUGGUGGAUGAAUAUUUACGUCAUGGCUUGCACAAGGGUAUCCCACCACUGCAUGUUGACUUGAGAUCGUUAUACGCGGACCAAAAUAAAGCAGACACAAUAGAGAAAUUAAUAUUACAAUAUAUAGACAACCUAUCUAAGCUUGGCACAUUUAGUAAUGACCCAGAUGAGGUGAAGCAGCCAGCGAGUGCAUUGCUAUGGGCCUACUAUUUUGCAGCUCAGCACUUUGACUUCAAAAAGGACACGCAAAAGGCCUUACAUUACAUUGAUGCUGCGAUAGAACACACGCCUACACUAAUAGAACUGUUUAUUGUUAAGGGAAGGAUAUAUAAGCACGCCGGUGACCCGAUAUCAGCAUACCAGUGGCUCGAAGAAGCUCAAGCGAUGGACACUGCUGAUCGCUACGUGAACAGCAAAUGCGCGCGUUACAUGCUACGGGCUGGACACGUCAAGCGCGCUGAGGAUAUGUGCGCUAAGUUCACUAGAGAAGGUGUCCCAGCCACAGAGAAUCUAAACGAAAUGCAAUGCAUGUGGUUCCAGACGGAAGCAGCGGCUGCAUAUCAGCGCCUACAGCAAUGGGGCGAAGCACUAAAAAAAGCUCACGAAGUAGACAGGCAUUUCUCAGAGAUCAUGGAAGACCAAUUCGACUUCCACUCAUACUGUAUGAGAAAGAUGACGCUGCGGUCGUACGUCGGGUUGCUCAGAUUGGAGGACGUGUUACGAGCGCAUCCCUUCUACUUCAGAUGCGCACGCGUCGCGAUACAGGUCUACCUACGGCUGCAUAGUCACCCGCUACAGGACGCACCGCAGACUUCGGAACCCGAUACAGGUAAGAAUCAUUUAUUACUAUGA